CUCUUCCUCCUCCGUCGCCGUCUCCUCUGCCUCCGCUUCCCCCUCCCUCCGCGUUUUGCAACAACCUCCCCCCCCCUCUCCAGCCCACGCCGCGUACGCGCCCUCGGAUCUCUUCCCGUCUUCGGGGCUCCCUUUUGUACAAGUCGCGGGCUUUUUCCUCCGCACAACUCCAGCCAUGUCAGACACAGCCGUGGAUACCAGCUCCGAGAUCUCCACCAAGGAUUUGAAAGAAAAGAAGGAAGUUGUGGAAGAAACAGAAAACGGGAGGGAUGCCCCGGCCAACGGCAAUGCUGAGAACGAGGAAAACGGGGAACAGGAGGCGGACAACGAGGUAGACGACGAAGAGGAAGAGGUCGGCGACGAGGAGGAGGAUGAGGAAGAAGGCGAUGGCGAAGAGGAAGAUGGCGACGAAGACGAUGAAGCUGAAGGUCUGACCGGCAAACGGGCAGCUGAAGACGAUGAGGACGACGAUGUCGAUCCGAAGAAGCAGAAAACCGACGAAGACGAUUAGAGAGUUAGAAUAAUAAAGAAACAGCUUUUUUUUUUUAAACUUAAAAAAAGAGGAAAAAAUUUUUUUAAAAAAAGGCCAGCGUGACCUACUUUUACCUUUGAAAACUUCCUGUUACAGAAAAAAAAAUAAAAUAAAUACGUCCCCUUGU